AUGGAAAAUAAAGUUUCGAGUGAAGUCUCGGGUAAUGGAUUUUUCGCUUAUGUCGCAUCUCUCAUAUUCACGGACCUAAUGACGCAAGGCUUUUUUUUAUCUAUUAUUUUCUAUAUAACUAUAUUUGUUAGACUACGUAAAAAGGAAAAACGACUAAAAUUAACGGCGGAGCAAGAAGAAAAAUUAAUUGAGAAAUGGAAACCGGAACCAUUGGUCCCUGAAGUGCCACAAGAUCAUCCGCGUUUGGUGGCGAAAUUCGCCGAAGGAAAAAUGGAUAAAUAUAUCACUAGGAAUGGCGCUAAAUAUUUCAAUUUUGCUACUUUCAACUUUUUGAAUUUUGUGGGUAAUGAACGUAUUGAGAAUAUAGCGAAAAUUACGAUUCAAAAAUAUGGUGUUGGUUCAUGUGGACCUCGAAAUUUUUAUGGUACUGUUGACGUCCAUUUGAAUUUGGAGAGGCAAUUGGCAAAUUUUCUUGGAUGUGAAGAAGUUGUUCUUUAUAGUUAUGGAUUUGCCACAAUAUCAAGUGCCAUUCCUUCUUAUGCUAAACAAGGUGAUGUAAUCUUCGCUGAUAAAGCCGUGAAUUUUGCAAUUCAAAAAGGGUUAGAGGCAUCAAAAAGUCGUAUCGAAUGGUUCGAGCACAACGAUAUGGUUCAUCUUGAGAAGUUACUCAAGAAACAGACUGAAAGAGAUCUAAUGAAUCCAAAAGUAGCAGCAAAAACACGUCGUUUUCUUGUGGUUGAAGGUUUAUAUGCAAACACAGGUGAUCUUUGUCCAUUACCGCAAAUAAUGAACCUAAAAUGGAAAUAUAAAGUCCGUGUCUUUAUUGACGAAGCCUAUUCUAUUGGUAUAGUUGGUAGAACUGGCAGAGGUGUGACUGAAUAUUAUAACAUUGAUAUUACUGAUGUGGAUUUAAUAACUGGGUCGUUGGAAUAUUGCUUCGCGAGCACUGGUGGCUUUUGUGCUGGUCGUUCAUUUGUUGUUAGUCAUCAAAGACUUUCUGGCUUAGGUUAUUGUUUUUCUGCUUCACUUCCGCCAUUACUUGCAACUGCUGCAGGAGAAGCACUGCAAUUAAUUAUCGAAAAGCCUUGUCGUUUAACACGACUUCGCCUAAACUGUGAAUAUAUUCAUUUGGCUUUGAUUAAAAUUUUCAAAGGCACUCAAUUUGAAAUAGGAGGCUGGCAAUAUAGUCCUAUUCAAUUUAUUUAUUGCAAAAAUAAAAGUGUAGAUGAAGAUUUAUUGCUUGAUAAUAUUGUUGAUAAGAUGAAAGAAAAAUCAUUCAUAAUUACUCGCGCUCGUUAUCUGGAAAAGCAAGAACGUUUCGAUGUUAGGCAGUGUAUUCGAGUUGCAAUUCAGUCGGACUUUAACCAAGAGGAAUUGGAAAAAUUCGUUAGUGCUAUGCAAGAGGUCGUUUCAAAUUAUGCUUCUUGA